GUUAAAAUGGUAUUGGUACAUGUGUGUUAAAUAAAACGAAACAUAUUGAAUUAUUAUAUACGUAAACAUUAAGUAUAUAGUAUCUAUGAGGUACGUAUCCAUGUAGUAUCGAUUUUGAUAGAGAAAAUAUCUCUUAUAUUUCUUAAUUGAUUCAUUAUUUUAUAGUUGUAAAAUUAUGAAUAAUGAAAAGAAAUUGUUCUUAAGAUGUCAAUAUAUUCCGCUGAUUCUUUGGAGAACAUAAAUCGUAAUAUAAAGAUUGAUAAUACUUCAGACGGAAAUAAUAUUGUAAUUAACCUCAAGCAAAAAGAGACAAAAUUACAAAAUCGUCCUUCUUUUUAUUUAAAACAUGUUUCAUCGCUAUCAGCUUCUAUAAAUAACGGUGAAGGAUCUAAUGAAACCGUGCAGAACUGUAUUCGCGACAGGAAACCGAACACUCUUGGCAGUAGGAAUGCGAUAAUUGCGAGAGGAGAACUUGCGAAAGCGUCUCGACGGCUAGAAUUCUCGACGACGACGACGACUACGACUACGACGACUACGACGACGACGACGACGACGACGACGACGACGAUGAAAAAGAAAGAAAUAGAAGAAGCAGAAGUGAAGAGGGAGAAGCACGAGUGCGCAAAUCGUGGCGAAGGAAGGAAGAAGAACGCGAAUGGAAAGGAAAAGAAAAAGGAGGAUGAACGUUUCUCACGAAAACCUGUAGAAAGGGUUUUCCUCAAAAAGAUUGUACCUUCUCCUACGAAAUGCAGUUUCCAUGUCGAGGAGGAAGCUACCACCGAGAUGACCGUGAAAGUUGACAGAAAGUUAGCCAACGUGAUCCCAACGUCAAAUGUGCAGACCUUUAAAAAGCCAGAAGUAUCUUACCUGGAAGCGUAUCGCCGUAGAUUGAGUCUGCCGCGUUACAGACACACUAUUCGAUCUCCGGAGGGAUUGAGCCUGUCGAUUUACGGAGACAGCGAGGAACUCGAUAUGGAGGAAGGAGGAGGUGGCCGUAUCUCCUUUUCUGGCUUCUCAAGGGACGAUCAAAGCGAACUCAGUUUCUACCAGCGUCUCAUCGAGCGUUCCGCGACGCGAUUGCCUCGAACUACCAGAUCCUGCGAGACCGUGUGUUCUCUUCGCAUCUCCACGGAUUCAGCAAAGAGUUCGGAUAAUUUUCCUAGAAUAGAAACGCCUUUCAAAAGCAGUGUCUCCGAAAGCAGAUUGGCCGAAAAGCCUACUUAUAAACCGUAUACUAUCGAGGAUUAUCGAAGUUUACCUAUACCAAAGCCCGAUCGCUCUCUUGGACCCGACAAGGAAGAAAUAUUGGCUAAGAGAGAGUGGCUGAUGCGGCGGAGGUCAUACGGGGACUCGGUUAGUGAACGCAACCGCCAGCAUAUACUUCACACAGCACAAAGAUUCAAGUCGCGACGCAUCGCGCCUCGAAAAUGUUUUCUACCUUCUUUGAACCAUCGGAACACCGAUCCGAAGACCCAUACGAAUUCAUCGAUUACGGAAAAGAAGGUAAAUGGACGGAGUGAUAGCGUCGAGAGGAAAAAUCAUUCAAAUCGUCCCGCUAAAUUUGUGAUAUCAAAAAAGAGUACGACGAAUUCAUCCAGAAAGAUCAAGAAACAAGGAAAAUCGACGAAUUGUUGCAUCCCUCUAAAUUCUUCGAACCAUUUCGAGGAUUCUUAUCUGGAUUCUUUGCGACAACGACAUUUACAUGAGAAAGAACUGGUAGAUAAAUUAAUAAAACAAGCAAUUAGUUCCUGAACAUCUAAAAGUAAGAUAAUUUAUUAUUUAUUUACUUGAAACUAAAAUAUGUAUCAUCCUGCUAUCGUGUCGUUAAAUACGUCACCGAAUUAUUUCAUUACUAUUUUCCUUUUUUUUUAUUCUCUGUUACAGUACAGCGACUCGUUUAAAUUAAUUAAAAUAUAUGAAUGGCUACAUUUCAUUAACUAA